AACAAACAACAUUGAAAAACAAAUUUACUCUCUUAGCACUGAUCUGUACUGAGUCAUCGAUUGAAUGACAAGAAAAAAGAAAAGAAAUUAUUUUCAAUGUGAUUACUGCAAAAACAUCCAGAAUUUGCAGGUUCAUUUAAAGCUUUCGAGCAAUAACCGGAAUGGCCGACCAAGAUGAGCUGAUCCAAAACAGUAAGCUUCUCCUCGCCAUACGGAUGAAAACACUGACUUCGACUCAACUAGACAGCAUCAUCGCACACGGCGGGAACAUCCACACCAAGGAUGCCAACGAUAGAAACAACACCCCACUGCACGUAGCUGCCUGCAAGGGAGUUCCGGAGAUUGUCCAACUUCUGCUUUAUAGAGGAGCAAAUGUUUCGGAAAAGAAUUCGGAUGGGCAAACCCCGCUGGAUGUUGCCCAAGGUUCUGAGGUCGUCGAAAUACUCAAGAAACACAUUCAAAAUGUGCCCAAACAGGAAUUACGACCAGCAAGCGAUCAUUCAGUUGCUGAGCAAUCAACCGCUGAAAAUAAAACAUUCUUCUACUCAAAAAGAUCCGGCACAUCCGGCCUCGGUGGACAGCUGUAUGAAACUAAACUGCUAACGUUGAUUUUGUUUCGGGCCCUGAAUCGCAAAGACAUCGCCGAGUUUUAUCUGGGAUCCAACGUGGAUGGCCUGGGGGCACUGGACGAUGUAGUUUUUUGGUUCCGGGAUAUUUACGGGAAAACAUGGAUGCAGUUUAUCCAAGCAAAGCAUCGCGAUGACCCCGAUAAGGACGGAAAGUUGACCUUGGGAGAGAUACUCAAGGAGGAAAGUUACUAUAGCUUACAAAAGUACUUUGAUAGCUACCUGACAAUAAGGCGAAAGUUUGGCUCAAAGAGCGAGGAUGACCAGAUCUUCAGAGAAGAGUUUCAAAAAGUGGACUGUAAUUUUGUGAUUUAUACCUCAGCGAAAGAGAACUUUGUUUGCAAAAAAGGGAUAGAUACUGAGACAACUGAGUUCAAUACAAAAACGGAUGAUAUAUUAUACUCAACUAAUCGUGGUAAGACAUUCAAGUUUGAAUACAGUCCGCAAAAUGUUAAAACAUUGGCUGUAGUUGCAACUAAGUUACGUAUUCAAACAAUAGGAAAAAGUUUGGCUAAUUUUGUACAAUCUGGCAGGACAGCCAAUGUUAUGUCCGAUGAUCUGAUGAGAACGUAUCACAUAGUUUUGGCACAAAAACUAUUUAAACAAAGCGAAACAGGACAAAUGACAUUCAAGACAGAUUUCUUUGAUUCCAAGGAAGAGUUAGUUGUUAUUUUGAGGGAGGUAAUGUACGAUAAAGUUUUAGAACAUAGAAUGCAAAAAUUUCAAGAUUCAGAUUUACAAAACUAUUUGAAAGUUCUAUUAGAGAAUCCUAGCGCGGAAAAUAUAAGCAAACUACUCGGCAAUGUGCUCAGGUACGAUAACUCGUCAAAUACGCUUAAACCAAUUAAAAAUCGAGUAAAACUAGAUGCGUUACAAGAAGCAGCCUUCAAAACUAUAAUAGUUACACAAGAAACUAUACGAAAUGCUACAGAAAUCGUAGGAAGAUCAACAUUGGAAUCAUUAAAAGUCAAAUUUCCACCUUCUUUUGGAAAUCUCGAUUUGCCAAUAGGGAAAAGUAAACAAGAGCAAAGAAUUAAGCAUUUAGUACAACGAUUCAAGGAUUUGUUCCAAAUGGCAGCGCAACAUGAUAACAUUGUCAGAAUCGAUGAAAGUAUGAUUGGUCCUGGUAAAAUAUUAAACAGUGGCGAUGUUGGUCUUAACGGGGGUUUUGCCGGUAUGGUGGGCAAUAUCUUGGUUCCGGAUCAAAACACAAACUUGUUGAAAUUUAAUGUCGAUGGAAGUUCAUUGCAAUCAAAUGCAAAAAGGUUGCUUGAGUUGUUAAAGAGUGAAACUGGGAUUGCUUUAGAAAGUUAUCGAUUAGAAAUCAAAGUUGAUUGUUUUCCACGAUUGACAUUGGAAAACGAAGGAGAAGAUGAGCAGUUCGUGAAAUGCUUUCUAGAUAAUUUGAUGUUUUACACAGAUCAAGGAAAGGAAAAUGAAGUAGAAGCAACUUUGAAAAACGAAAUCAAAACUAGCUAUAAAAUAAGUGACGAUCUAGAUUGUGAGGCAGUGUUUUUAAAGGUCCAUGACAAGGUUCAACAUUUAUGGAAACAGCAAAAGAAAGCUCCUUACUUGACCAGGAAUUGUGACUAUUUUGAUGCCGCCGUUGUGCAAGUGCGUGACAAUCCGCCUUUAACCAAUUUAAGUGCAAUUUGCAUCAGCCAGAUCAAUAGAUACCAAGUUGAGUUUAACUCAGAAGCAGUUCAAUCACUUGUUUCUCGUAUUGGAGAGGGUGUGACAAAUAUCGUUUCAAAUUUCGUUGAACAAACUUGUAUCAAAUUGCUUCAACAUUUCAAUUCAGAUUCCCAGUUUUUAAUAACUUCACAAUAUUUGGAACAUGCUUUGCCUCAUCUUAAAAAGGUUUUUCAGCUUAAAACUGACAGUAACAUCUGCAAAUCAAUUAUCCUUGUUGGAGAUCAAAAAGCGGUCAAUGAUAUUGAGAAAAUGUUGAAUGAAUUUAAAAAUUCAAAAAACAAAUGGAUCAUUGUAACAAACAAAAAGUUAUCGAAUUGCGUCAACCAUUUCAAGGACGAAGGAAGCAUUUUUAGUGGUCUUACUCCGGAGUCACAAACAAACUUGUUGGGCGAGCGUGAAAUAUAUUUCCAGGGUACUAAAAUUAAACUCGGACAGUUAAUGGAAUGCGCUUCAUUAGACAGCAUCGAUGCUGAAAUGCUUUCCCAACUGAUCAGUAAUUGCGAAUUGAUGAUAACCGGAGGAGUGGAUUUGACUCAAUUCGAAAACGUUGCUGAAUUCUUGAUAGAAAGAAAAUUAUUGCGAAAAAUGGUUAAGAUUAGGAAAGGUGUCAAAAAUACAGAUCAUGACGUAUGGGUUAAGUCAUGUGAAGAUUUUGAAAGAAAAUGCAUUGAUAAUGAAACGAUAAACGUUCAUUUAGUAGAUUCCAAAAUGGGCUGGCAAAAAUCACGUGGAAGUCUUAGCAAAGUUCGUGAAUAUAUUGAAUCAACUCACGAGCAGAUUGUAACGGAUGCAUUGGAGUUGUACAGCGAAAGGAUUGUAAUUGUAGCUGCCGAACCUGGCAUGGGAAAAUCCACCUUGAUAACAGACCUGUCGAAAAGAAUAACCCAGCACGAUCCACUCUGCUGGAUUGUGCGAAUAGAUUUGUUAAACUAUACAAAAGAGUUCAACAAAUGGCUGAAGUUGAAAACAAUCGAUCUACCACUUGCGAUAAAGUUUAUUUUGAUUGUGCAACAAAUUAUAUCGAGUGAUGAAGAAACUUCAUUUACCUUAUCGGCAGAUGGUACGAUUCACCAGAAGAACACCGCUCGAAAUAAAAUAAGUGGAAAAACAUUGUUUGAAAUUGAGUUGUUUCUAAGUUUUUACAACAAAGGAAACAUUACGCUACUUUUUGAUGGUUUUGACGAAAUCAGUCCAAACUAUAAGGAACCAAUUUUAAAACUAUUGAAAAUUCUUCAUAACAAUGGGAAGAGACUUUGGAUAACCACACGAAAUGACAACAAUCAUUACGAACUAGAAGAUAAUUUAAGUAAAUUUGCAUACAUUAUAAAACCGUUCAGCAAGCAAGAUCAGAAAAAGUUCUUGCAUAAAUUCUGGAAAGUCAAACUUAAAUUGAAACACAUUGACAACCAUCGGUUCAGUAUUUUUGCCAGCAAUUUAAUCAAGCUGUUUUCAAAUACGAUCAACAAUACGGAAGCUUCAUUCAUGGGAAUUCCACUGCAAAUGCGGAUGAUCGCAACGAUUUUUUUGAACGAUUUCAAGAAAUUUCUCUUUAAAGAACAUGCAUUUACCAACAGAAUUGAGCGUCAAAUAAGUGCCAAGUUAGAUCUGGUGGUGCUGUACGAGGAAUUUUUCCGCAUUAAACUCGAAGAGGUACUGUUUGGCGAUAAAUCACCCAACAUUGACAAGAGUGAUCCAAAAAUAUGCGAAUUGAUGCUAGAGAAACGUCACUCGAUAGCCGAAAAACAUGAAAAGCUAGCUUUAUGUGCACUGCUUGAGGAGCAAGAGUUGAAUGCGCUCCAGGUGCUGCCAGGUGAAACUUCUAAGUUCCUAGAAGACUUUAUAUCGGGACGAGAAAAGGUCGGUUUUAUAAGCCAGGUGGUGAAGGAUAAACCACGCUUUGUGCAUCAAACAUUUGCCGAAUAUUUUGCGGCACGUUACCUUUGGAGUAAAUUUAAAUCUUCAAAACGCAAUUCAGAUAGAUUCAUCCAAGAAGUUUUUGUUCAAAUUCUCACAAAAAGCAAUCGAUACCAGGUGUGUUGCUUUGUGCAGCAAAUAGCACUGCAAGAUUUUAAAGUUUCUCUCAAUUCGAAAGAGUUGGGAAGCAAAAUCGGUUGCCUGUUGGUGAAUCUCGUACCUCUUGCUAAAAACUAUAGUUACAUCGUCGAGAGUGACUUUUUGCACAGAGAUUAUAGCCAUCGCUUUAAAGAUGGGGCAAAUGAAUGUGCAAAAACUUUGUUGAAAAUUGUUGAAAAUUUUAUUAUCAGUCACAACGAAUGUGUGAUUAAUUCAAUGAAAAGUUUAAAUAUUAUGGAUUGUUUUUGUUUAUUUUCAAUUGCUUCUAGCGAGGGUUAUUACAAUUUAAUUCAGAAAUUCGUUGGAAUUCUUAAUCCAACAAUAUUACAAUCUAAUCUAGCUCAUAACGGGUGGACCUUUGAUCCAUUGCUGAAAGCGGCAACCAACGGGCACGUCAAAAUAGUUCAUAUUCUCCUUAAAGAGUUCUACCAUAACGUUUCCACGUGGGUGGACAAAGACGGGAAAACACUGAGGCAACAUGUAUUCACUGAUCACAUUCCGUUCCAGUUUCAGUUUGUGCACAUUUUCGCUCAAUUGGGUAUUAUCGAUGGCAGUACUUAUUUGGCACCUAACACAAAAAAUGAGAAAUUUCCACUGAUUACGUUGCUUUUCGAGCAUGCACCUGUGCAAUACCUGAAGCUACUAGCGCCAACAACAGAUUUUAGACACUUGAAUAACUUCAAAAUCUUUACAACUACCGACGGAACACAGGACGUAAUCCAUGGACUGUCCCUGUUUUUAUUGGACUAUGAUGAUCAAUUGAUAAAGGAUUGGAAAACUUAUGGAGCAGAUUUUUCUCAGUCCAUAAAUUCUUUAAUAUCACAGUUCACUAAUCGUGCAGUAACUGAAAUGAAACUUUUUGCAGAUGAACAAAUGCUAGACAAAAUAUUCAGAGAUUACAAAAUUUGGGAUACACUGCUUUGCAAAAUAAAACAAUUUUUAAUGGUUGGUGUUGGUUACAAUCGACAGGAUUUCAAAUACGCGUUGUCAACUAAACAGUUGAUUGAGCAAAUUUAUUAUAUUCACUUACUUCUCGUGAAAUUGUGCGAAGGGAAUGACUUCCCUUCCAAAUUCGAAACCAUGCUGAAACUAAUAAUUAUUUGUAUGAAAAAACAUCGCUUGUUUGGACCAAGUACUAUCCUCACAACACUGUUUCACCAUGUUACACUAAAUUCAUCAGAAUUUGUAAGAAAUUAUCGAAUGGUGUUUGGAUCAUAUUCCUCGUUUAUGUUGUGUUCUUUUCUAGAAACAAAGCGGCACGUGACUAGUGACAGAAUAAUACAAAUAUUUACCAACACUGUCGAAAAGUAUAAGGAAGCAUUGAAACAAGGUAAAUUUCCGCAUGAAAUAUAUUCUGAUCAAGACAUCAACGAUUAUGAUAAAAAUGAUCUAGUGCAUUGGAUUUACAAGGUCAUCGAGUUCAAAACUAAACAAAAUUACACUUUUGAUGUUGCAUUGCUUCGAGUUUCACAAGAAAUGAAACGUUCUUGCGAAAGACUCCACAAAAUGCUGGAGAUGUCUGGUGCAAAAGAAGCCAGAGACAUCAAAAUCUUCGAUACCGACCAAAUCCUGAACAUUUUGGACUUGCAGGAAGUGGAGACAAACGACGAAAUGCAAGGUAUCAUGACGAAGAUCAUCAACUGCAACGGUAUAUCGCUGGUAGUUACAUUUUUGUUUCACCACUGCUUUGACCAAAAGAAAUCAGAUACUUCCAAGAAACCAAACGAUGAUCUAGAAGGCAUUUUUAAGGUUGGUUCAAAGCGAUUCGUAAAAGAUACAAUCACUUUUACCGAGCAAGCCCCGCAAAUCUACAACUUAUGGAUGAGCUUAGACCGACAGUACCAUCAACUGUUGCAAGCCUUCAAAACCAACGACUGCCACGACGCCGUACGCGACGUCCUCAUCCAGAUAGAUCCCGACUACCGUCAAGCGGUGAUCAACGGCCAAGAUCCCGACUACGGUUCUCCGCUGCACUAUGCCACAGCCAGCGGAGACCUGAAAUUGGUCCGGACACUGCUGGAGCUCGGAGCGGAUCCCAACUCUAGACUCGAUGAAACUGGACCACUUCCACGACUAAGAAUCGAAUGUGACGAGUUGGAGCAUUUCAAACAUUUCAGACCGCUUCAUUUUGCUGCAAUGCGAGGUCAUGGGGAGAUUGUGGAGGUUUUGUUGGAAAACGGAGCCGAACUUAAUGUAGUUAGUGAUUCCGGCUGGAUGCCAGUGGGAUUAGCCAAGAAAUGUUGCCACGAAAAAAUGAUGAAACGGUUAGGUGUAAAGACAGGAGGUAAAGUUUCAUCUCCGCCAUAGGUUUUUUUCUAGUCUGGUAUUUGUUUCCUCUUCCAAGAAGCGAUUAACUUUAAAUUUAGAAAAAAAAGUGAAUGUAUGAAUGCGCCGAAAAGAUAAAACAUCAUGAUUGCUAAAACUAGAUCAGUUGCGAAUAGGUAACAGUCAUUGGCCACCAACGGCGCC